CAUCUCCCUUACUUUCUCCUCCCCUUUCGCUUGCUCCUUCCUCUCCUCCGAGGCCUUCUUCCCUACAGACACAGUGGUGUGAGAUAGAUUAAUAAGGAGAGAGAGAGAGAGAGAGAGGAUGGCGGAUUGGGGGCCGGUGGUGAUAGCCGUGGUGCUGUUCGUGCUGCUGUCGCCGGGGCUGCUGUUCCAGAUACCAGGGAAGAGCGGGAGGGUGGUGGAGUUCGGCAACUUCCACACCAGCGGCAUCUCCAUACUCGUCCACGCCAUCAUCUAUUUCGCUCUCAUCACCAUCUUCCUCAUCGCCAUCGGCGUCCACAUCUACACCGGCUAAAGCAACCAUUUUUAACCUAUAUAUGUGUAAUACGUUGGAUCAGACCAGUGAGUUUAUUUAUGCUUCCAUGUUUAAUCUGACAUCGUCUCAGAAGUUUAUUUCUCAGCUAUUGUGAGA